AGCAAAAGUAGUACUAGCUAGUUGAAAAUAGGGAUGGCAUUGCAGGAAUUGAAUGAGAUUGUUGGUGCCCAAACUCACAUAUGGAACCAAAUUUUCAACUUCAUAAAUUCAUCUUCUCUCAAAUGUGCAGUUCAGCUCGGCAUACCAGACGUGAUUCACAGACAUGGUGGACCCAUCACGCUUGAAGAGCUGGUUCACGCCCUCGCUAUCAACAAGGCAAAAGCCGACCACCUCGGUCGACUCAUGCGCGUCUUGACUCGUUCUGGCUUCUUUCUUGACGCCAAAAUCAAGGACGAAGACGGGUAUGCCCUCGGGCCACCGUCGUGUCUUCUCAUUAAGGACCAUCCCUUUAGUCUCGCACCUUUCGUGCUAGGGGCAAGCAGUACCAUAUUUACGGGUCCAUGGCACCGCGUGAGUGAAUGGUUCUACAACGAUGAUCCCACGCCCUACCAAACAGCCCACGGGAGAACAUUUUGGGACUGCGCAAGUCAAGACCCGGAGAUGAACCAUUACUUUAACCAAGCCAUGGCAUGUGAUACCUUGCUUCUAAUGGCUUUGGUCAAAAAAUAUUGUAGCCAUGUUUUCGAGGGGUUGGAUUCACUUGUAGAUGUGGGAGGUGGCAUCGGGAUGGUGGCGAGAGCCAUUGCCGAUGAGUUCCCGGAUACCAAGUGUAGUGUUUUGGAUCUUCCACACGUGGUUGCCGGCUUGGAAGGGACUAAGAACCUGGCCUAUGUUGCCGGAGACAUGUUCAAGGCCAUACCUCCCGCACAAGCAAUUUUUCUCAAGUGGGUACUGCACGAUUGGAAUGAUGAAGAUUGCCUUAAAAUAUUGAAGAAAUGUAAAGAAGCAAUUUCAGAUAGAGAAAAGGGAGGAAAAGUUAUAAUCGUUGAUAUGAUUGUGGGCUCUACCCAAAACGGAGAUGAUGAUGAUGAGUUAAUACAAAGCCAAAUUUUCGCAGAUGUGCAGAUGAUGGUUUAUUAUGGUGGACGAGAGAGAGCAUUAAAAGAAUGGGUUAAAAUGUUCAAUGAUGCUGGCUUUUUUUACUAUAAAAUAACUCAACUAGGAUCAAGAUCUCUUAUUCAACUUUUUCCUUAAUUGGCUCUUGCAGCUGCACUAGCCCAUCCCUUGCUAUAUUAUAUUGGCUAGGCUUAAUGUUUACUUUAGUUGAAGUUUAUUUUGAACAAUUGUUUACCUUGUAAUCUUGUGUGAUUUGAUAAAUAAUACUAUGAUUGCUAUAAAGUACA